GCUAGCCUGGAGCUCGCGACGGCGUCUUGCAUUCGCAUUCACUCGCAAGCACUUCGUUAACAAGGCACCGGGCGCAGCGCCCAAGCGCGGGAAAACGCAUCCGGCUCAGCCCUAGCUCCACAAUCAAAGCGCCUGCUAUGCCGAUUAUGCAGAAUCUCUUGCAUUAGCGCAUCAGGGCUGCUGGGCGCAUGGCUGGGCUGGAGCAAGUCCGCGCUGCGGGCUCAAAGCGCCUGUGUACGCUUUCAGCUCUCUUCCAGCGCUUUUUAUGCACAGAAUUCAGCUUUUGCCUUUGCACCCGCUUUGCAGCAACCGCAGCGCAGGCGCGGCCACGGCACUACUUGCAGGCGCGCUACUGGGUGCGCUUGGCUCCAAGCGCUGUCACUUAAGGCUGGCUUAGCAAAUUAAGGUAUUCAUAUGGAGCAGCUUUCCAGGGCAUUCCGCGCGGGUCAACCCACGGUCAAGCGGGAUGGGGCUUCUUUUCGUUUGGGGGCCAUUCUUUACUUGGGCCACGCGCGGCGUUCUAUAGCAAAAGCUUUCAGUGAGCUCAUACGCGCACACACAUACAUACAACUAGCUUUCCUCUCAAGCCCCAGAGCCUCGCCUAGCUAACUAUUUCCGACUUGCGUCUUCUUCCUCGCUUUUCCUAUCAAAGGCCCUCAACUUGCAGCAUCGGCUCACUGUGACGCUUGUUGCUUGUGGCGACACGCAUCGAGUGCGUGGGCGGCACUGCAAGAGGCGCACACGCUUCCGACGGACGGAAACGCGCUCCUGGCCUCUCCCGUUCUGUAUGCGGCGGCAAGAGCAGCCUAGCGGCAUGGAUUGCGACCUGCUGGAGCUGCAGCAGCACACUUUGCGAGCGAGGCUGCCCAAGGCCAAGGAGCGGCACAUAGGCCACAGCAGCAACAUGCAGGACUGCAACAACCAGAAGUCCAGCGCCCGCAGUCUCCUGUCCAAGGGCGGCGAGCACAAGGCCGCGGCCAAACCCAAACCGACCGGCGGUUUCCGCGCCAAGCUUCUGGCGGCGAAGCGCCGUGCCGCCUUUGGCGGUGGCGCCUCGACCACGGCUAAGGCUGGCCAUGUGCCCGCGCCCUCUCCUAGCAGCGGCGGCAGCGGGUCUGACGCGGCCGCCGGCAGCGGUGGGGUCUCCAACGGCUCAUCAUCGCGCCAGGCGCCCUCGACCAACACCAACACCAACAACAACACGGGCAGCAACAAGACUGCUGGUGGCACCAACGCGACCGCCUCGGUCAAGAGUGGCUUCCAAGUCCUCUAUUGCCCAUCCUCCUCCUCCUCCACCAGCACCAGCCCCGCGCUGCCUGCCGCAUCCACCACACUACCCACCUCCUGCGUGCCCGGUAUUAAGCCUGCACCCCAGUCCCACGCCGCCGAAUCCACUGUCGCUGCUGCUACGACUGCUGGCUCAUCAGGAGCCCGCCGCAUGGAGGGCCGCUGCCGCCCCUACCGGCCGCCCAUGCGGGUGCAGGGCGACGAGGGCGGCAAGGCGGCCACCGCUGGCACUGGCCCUGGCAGCAGCAGCAGUGGCUCGGGCCUGAUGCUCCGCAGCUUGGUAGGGUGCCUGCUGCCCCACCUCGCCACUGCCGCCAUCCAGAAGGCAGCGCACGUCGCGGCCGCCGUCGCCCGCCGGGUGAUGGCACCCGUCGCCGCCGCCGCCGCCGCCGUGCCCGGCCGAAUUGUGGCACCUGUCGCCGCCGCCGCCGCCGUGCCAUGCCGGAUGGUGGCACCCGUUGCCACUGCCGCCGCCGUGCCAUGCCGGAUGGUGGCACCCGUCGCCGCCGCUGCCGCCGACGCCGGCGCGCUGGCACCCAAGCUUGUGACCUUCCGGCCUCCGCCGCCGCCCAUCAUGCUAGUGCACCAGCACCAGCACCAGCACCAGCAGGCGGGGCCGCGGUACGUGGCGUGGCCGGCGGUGCAACUGAUGAUGGGGCCGCCUGUGGUUCAGGCUACCGCUGGCGCCGCGGCCGUGGCGGCGCCGCGGCUGCUCGUGGGGGCUCCGGUCAAGCUCCUGAUGGCGACUCAGCUGCUUGAGCAGCAGCAGCACAUCCAGCUGGCCAACCGCGUGGCUUGCGUGCCGUACCCGCACCCGUACCCGGCGGUGCAGCCGCAGCCGGUCCUGGUGCACGGCGGCAUGCCGGCUCCGCGCCAGCCGCACGCACCAGCAGCAAGACCAAAGCCUGCAGAUGCGGAGGCAGCGGCUGCAGCAGGCGAAGCAGAUGUGGCAAGCGCAGAGGAAGAAGGUGGAGGAGGCGGAGGCCCGGCAGCAGCGGAUCCAGGAGGCCAUUGAGGAGGAGGAGGACAUUGUUGUCGCCAACGUGCGCGAGCUCAUGCAGCGCUGCACCAGCGGCGCCUCCAAGGUGGGCGGGUGGCUUGUACGUUGUGGGUUUAGUGCGUGCGUGGGUGGGUGGCCUCGCGGUGGUUUUGAACACGGGAGCGAGAUAGAUGCGGGAUACCGUACCCACCCGCGGGGUUUAGGAAGUUCAUGGGGCAGCUGAGUGUGUGUGUACGCUAACCCAGCUCUA